CGAACGGACAUUUCGGUUUCAGUUUUAGCGAUAGACCGAUAGACGUUAGACAGGACGCUCCCACUAGAAAACGGGCGUCGGUGUCGCACUUUAAAUAGUGCAGCGGAGCGCGAUCGUUCGUCAAACCAAGUCCAUCAUUCCUCCGCGCCAUUAUUCAGCAAGCGGUUAAAUCGCGCUCGUAACGUUUCGACUAUUUUUACUACACGACACGAGGAACGUGCAUCGUUAAAAAUACUCGUUCUAAAUAUACGUGUCGGCUCCAACAACAUCCGACUCGGAAAAUCGUCAGGAAAACAAGAAAAAAUCAUGAAAUAAGCGACAUCGUCAGUCGGCCCCGCGUUUUCGGACCAAACUUGCGAGUGCCGCGCGUGGGCGGUGCAUUUCUAAAUGGAUUCCUAAAUCGCGAUCGAGUGAAACGAGUGUUACGUCAUGGCGCACGAGGCGCACCUAAGGAGAAGCCCCAAAACGGACUUUCUGCAAAACGCCGGGCUCCUCUCCCGCGAGCGGAGCUUCGUAAGGCCCAACAAGGACCCCGGCAAGCGGCGAUCGCAAACCAUCAUCGCCGUCAAGGGCAAGCCCACGAUGGAGAUCUACCGACCGCCCAACGUGCGGACGGACCUGCCGAUGGGCCCCGGCGGCAAAUUGAACGUGCACGCCAAAGAAUUCACCAUGAACCACGAGCUACAGUCGUCCAAGUCCAGCGGCAACCUAAAUAUAGCGCUGGCCUACGAGCCGAUCGGCCUGCAGCACUCCAAAUCCAGCGGCAACGUCCUCCGGCACGUGAAUCACCCCGGACUCAUUCCUUUCAUAUCCGGCGUGCCGUUGCCCCUGCUGCACUCGGCCUCGACCACGCAGCUCUUGAGCCAGAUGCACCGGCCGGUGCACUACCAUCCGGAGCUGCUGGGCCAUCCGGUGUUCGCCGGCGUCAACCAGUCGAUCUACCACCAAAACUGGACCAACGGCGUGCAGCCGAAGCAAUCCAGCCCGAAGCCGAGCAACCUGAAGCGAUCAAAGAGCCUCGGCGCGUCGGAUUCCAAAGCGGUGGCCAGCAAGUUGAAGGAAAUUUCGAAGGAGGAAAUCGACUUGAGUAUAUUCCCUCCAGACAACCAAACGAAUCUGAAAGCAGCUCUGAACGAUCCAGCGCAAUUACCCACGCGCACUCUAAUGGAUCUGGUCAAAACGGUGAUGGAGCGAGCCGUUGAAGGGAUGAAAUACAGCGAACCGGUCGCCAAACUAUGCGUGGUGAUCAUAGAAAGCGAAAGGAACCAAACGUUCCUCGAGUCGCUGCUGAACCUCUGCCAGCAGUGGUACCAAGAGCGCGACCGGCUCCUGCGAGGCGUCAAGGCCGGCGACGGCACCCGCUUCACGGCCUUCAUGUGGUUCCUGGCGGAGAUGUGCAGCCAGCUGAAGCGGCGCCACCUCAAGGACCAGGUGGAAGGGGUGCCGGCCGAGCUGGUGCUGCUCUCGGUGCUGGCCAAGUGCUGUAAGGCGUGCGUGGAGCUGCCCAUCAAGUGCCUGUCGGAGACGGAGUGCCUGUUCUUCGUGCUGACGUCGAUCGGCAGGGACCUGGAGGCGGAGCUGCCGCAGCAGCUGGAGCAGCUGCUGGCCAACGUGCGGGACGGGUUCCUGGCGAGCGCCGGGUCGCCGGGGGUGCGGCGCACGCUGCUGCAGCUGAUCGAGCUGCACGCGUCGAAUUGGCAGCUGCCCGGAUCGUCCGUGCUGUAUUAUUAUCCUAGGAUUAAGUGACCGCUCGUCUCGUACUUAAACCCAUGUAUGUUGUUUUUUUUUUGAGAAACUGUUUUUUACUUGGUAAUAUACUACGUUUUAAUGUG